AAAUUGAUAAACUUUGCAUAAUUCAAAAACAACAAGAAUAUACUAUAAAGAAUUUAUUAUCUUCAAUAGAACAUUUAACAAAUAAAAUCAACACAUUAAGUCAAGCUGAAAGUCAGCAAGAAUUAGUUGAUGAGACUAGUAAAACAUCAAUAGCUUCGCAACAAAGACCUACUACACAAUUUGAAAAUGACAAAGAACAAAAAAAUGCACUUUGGAAACAAAAGAAACAAGAGGCAGAAAAAGAAAAGAAGAUAGAGGAGGAAGAAGAGACAGAGGAAGAAAAAACAAAGGAAGAAGAAACAGAGAAAGAAGAAGAGAUAAAUAAAAAGAAAAAGGGUAAAAAACAGCCUCUUAUUUCACUUAUUAAAACAUCCAAAGUGAAGAGGAAAAAAAAAUAA